AUGAAAAUUCUGCUCCUGUUGUGUAUUGGAUCUUUCUCUAGCUCUGACUGCCAGGAGGAGUGGAGUAAGUAUCGGGAGGGGGUGGAAACAGUGCCUCUACCGACGUUCAUCCUUGGCCCGUGUUGGACUGAGCAUGGCCAGUUCUAUGGAGACUUGUCACGUGAUGGAGGAGAGCUUUGCCCCAAUGUCACAUGUCUAGGUCAGCGUGGAGUGUACAGUGCGUCCAGUGGUCUGAGGGUGGCCUAUCUCAGUGGGAGCUACCAGGGGAGGACCUAUCAGCAUCAAGACAAGGGAGAUAAUCUAUUGCGACCAUAUUUCACUGACUCUGAUGUGUCCUGGCUGGAGGGUGAGUGCAGUGGAGAGGGCUACCGUGGAGUGGACAUUCUCCUCACCUCUGAUUGGCCCGGGGCAGUGGACAAGUUCACAGUGGCUCCUGACGGACUGGACCUGAGUGCAGUGGGGGCAAAGCCUCUGAGUAAACUGGCCAUGUGUCUCAAGCCACGCUACCAUUUUGCAGCUCUACACCAAACCUUCUAUGAGAGAAUACCGUACAGGAAUCACAAAAUCCUCCAAGGCAAGCCACAUCAUGUGACACGAUUCUUGGCUUUGGCUCAAGUGGGAAAUCCAGACAAGAAGAAAAGAAGGGAGUCUCAAGAGGAGGCUGGGCCUAACUUCUUCUUUGAUCAGAGGGCUCUUGAUUCUGCUCAUCGCAAACAGAAGAGACGACAGGACGGAAGACCCCCUGCAAAGAGACGACCUCCUCCCCAGCCCAGGGGGCCGUGCUGGUUCUGUCUGGGGGGCAAGGAGGUGGAGAAACAUAUCGUGGUCUCCAUCGGAGAUCAUACGUACCUGGCUUUAUCCAAGGGUGGGAUGGUACCAGAGCAUGUGCUGGUCCUACCCAUCGGUCACUAUGCAGCCUCCACUGACGCACCACCAGAGGUUUUGGAGGAACUUGGACAGUUUAAGAGUGCUCUGAGGAAGUACUUCAACAGCAAAGAUCAGUCGUGUGUCAUCUUCGAGAGAAACUACAAAUCACAACAUCUUCAACUACAGGUUAUUCCAGUGACCAAGAUUCCAUCUGAUGCUCUGAGACAUGCCUUCAUAGAUUAUGGGUGGAGUAUGGGGGUGGGGCUUGAGACUGUGCCCAGGGAAACACCACCCUCAGAGGUAACACACACACAUCAUAGCUGUACCAUGUUCUACGUACCAUUCUCUAAGCCUUUUAUAGCCUCGAUUCCAGGCCGAUUAAAAUACGGCCUGGUACCUGUUGCAUGGUGAUAGUGCGCAAUGCGCUAGUUUAUUCACCAGAAUCCUUUCUCUCAUCUAUUUUCUAUCUAUGUACAUCAGCUUAGUAUUGCGUUGUUUCAGAAGGCUUUCACACUAGUCUAAAGUCAGAAGAGGCUCUCAUCUACCUCUAUGACGGUUGUAUGGUCAAGAUGUCCUACCUUGGAUCUGUACAGUCUAUGGGAAAUGUAUGGUGCCUCUUGACUUCUACUUGCGAAGACAACCCGGCUAUAGGACCAUCCUAGAUAUAGUAGAUGGGAGCCUCUUCUGUCUUAAAAUUAGUGUUCAAGCCUUCUAGACCAACACAAUAGAUGACAUAAGCCACAGCUUCACAGAACUCAGUCAUGGAGAUUAAGUAUUACGGAACAUUAUUAUUCUUAGUAAACGGACUAAUUUACGUUCGUAGUACGAUUACCCAUAUUCUGAGUAAUUUGAAGGGCAUGCACACUAUCACCCAUGCAAUACCAGGCCAUAUUUUAAUGUGGCCUGUAAUCGAUGCUAAUAAGCGUAUAGAAUAGGGGCUAAGCCUUUUAGUGAUCAAUACUUCUCUUUACCAGAAUCUAUUAGUUUUGCUACACACACACCGUCCCUGAGGGCUUCCCACCCACCCACACACACACACACACACACACACACACACACACACACACACAGAUUGCGUACACUGGUGUCCCACACACACACACACACACAUACCCUCCUCCCCCAUACACACACCACACACACACACAUACAUUGCGUACACUGGUGUCCCACACACACACACACACACACACUCACAGCUUGCGUACACUGGUGUCCCAUAAAUCCUGGCAGAGUUUGAUGAUGGGGGAAAUGUGUUCACAAGACCAUUUUCUCACCAACUCAUGCAGACAAACAACCAGAUCACUGAAUAUAGGUUAUAGUAUGUUUCUACUACUGUGAGCUCAUGAGGUAAACAGCACUCUCAAGUGAGUAGGUAAGAACAUAUCCGUGAGUCUCGUCACACCGACAAUGCACACCUCUAACCUUUCUAUUGCAUACUCAGCAAAUGUCUCUUCCACAAAUCUGUCAUCAUACCUAUCGAGUGAACACACAAACUGUUCUAGUUCCUGGAACAAUACGUACGGACGUUUCUCUCUCCAAUUUGGAAGGGAGAUGUUGGCUGCUCCUCUCGUUCUGAAUCUGCCCAAUCGGAUCAACUGGAAGUCGUGUCUGGCAACAAAGAACGAGGAGACGAAAGCUGCUCAGGAAAUGAGGAAGAACUUUGAACCAUUAAUUCAUUAAAACUCGCUUUCACCUUCACUUUUGUAGAUAUUUCCGAUUUCUUAUAUCCCACAGAGUGUGUUGUAUGUAUUGUUGCUAGGUCUUGUGCAUUUGGUCAUGUUUUGUGCUGUCGUUAUAAUACGAGCAAUAAUUAUGUGACAAAAUUAAUUGUUGUCCAUCAGUACGCAAGUACAA